CAAAUUCGUAGUAAAAUUAAUAAAUUAAUUAUGGCUGAACCGAAUAUGUCUGUUCCCACGUCUUUCCUAUAUUUGGAUUGGAUGUCCGAAAUAUUAAUGCAGGACACCAAGGAAAUGGCAACGGAGUUCACUAGAAAAGCAGAGUAUUUAAAAGAACAAGAGGCCAAAGUCCUGGAAAAUGCCAAGCAGCUCAUUCAAAUCGAUCAAUUUGUGGACGAUAUGAAGGCCUGUACACUGAAGCUCGAAAUGGAUCUGAAUGAGAACGAACAGUCGCUGGCAGAGGCGGAGAAGGAAGCCACCAAAUUGGAGCGAUCUUGUUCGACGCUCUCCAACAUUUGCCGCACAGAGCCCCUGACGCCUCACACCUACUUGGAUCUCUUGAAGCUUAUCGAGUCCACGAAGAAAAUGAGCGAAAAGUGCAACAGCCUCACCGAGGAUUUCGAAGAAUUUGGCAAAGAGGCAGCCGAACGCCUGGCUCCUGCAAAUAUGAUUGGUAAACUCAUAGACACUCACAACAAUGUCUUGACCAGCUUUGAGAAGCAGAUCGAAGACUUGGCAGGCAAGGUAUCGCUUAUUGCCAACGAAUACGAGGAUAUCACUGAAAUUCUGAGCAUCAGCAGCCUGUCCACCACGUGCACCUGCGAAAUGGCCAAGGAGGUGCUAGCCAAGGAUUUCUGUAAUGAUUAUAUUCUGAGAAACAACCGAUAACAUGAUAAUGGAUGAUUCACUUAUUGGAUACUAUUCACACAAUGUAAAUGCAAACGUUUAAAACUGAAA